AUGCACCAAAAUAUAACCCAGGAAAAUAAGAAAAAGAAAGAGCAAUGUAAAGUUGAAUACCAAUCGGAGUACUUCGCCAUCGUGCGACCACUGUGCGGUCGACUGUCAAGGUGCCACGCAGCGGUCACCAUCGGCACUAUCUGGGGGGCGUCGGGGCUCUUGGCGCUGCCGACGCUGCUCUUCUCGAGGACCAAGUCGUACCGCUACGGUGACGACGAUGUGCGCAUCGUCUGCUUGCUCGUCUGGCCCGACGGACCGCCGACCAUCUCAUCAGCCGAGUAUCUGUACAAUGUCUUUCUCCUGAUACUCACGUACAUCUUUCCCGUGGUUACCAUGGCAGCAACAUACGCACGUAUGAGCCUCGUUCUGUGGGGGACGCGCUGCAUCGGCGAGUUCACCGAGCAUCAGCAGAUCGCCCUGCGGAACAAACAAAAGGUGGUGCGAAUGCUGUUCACUGUGGUGGCUCUCUUUGCCGUCUGCUGGCUCCCGUACCACAUCUACUUCCUCUACGUGUUUCAUCAUCCUCACGUGGCGUACCUCGACCACAUUCAGCACGUGUACUUGGCCAUGUACUGGCUGGCCAUGUCACACGCUAUGUACAAUCCAAUCAUCUACUAUUUUAUGAACAGCAGGUUCCACAUAUACUUCCGCCAGUUCAUGUGCCGGUGCUGCAAAGAGCCCGAGAAGCUGCCUGGCCGGAGCCUUUCUGGGACGGUGAGGUCGAGCCACAUCAACAUGGGGAGCUUCGUCGAUCGACUGGCCGUGCGCUUCAGCAGGAGAUCGAGAGUCGGACAAUCCCGGCACUGCCACAAAAGUUUGCAGCGGGAAGACAACCGCCAAGGACUGAGGGGAUGAAGACCGACAUUUUCCAAACAUUGUGGAAUGAUGUGCCGCCUGAUUGAGGAUACGAAGUUACUCUGGAUUGGUUUGCAACAAUAUUUAUAAA